ACAGCCAAGGAGUUUUCCAGGUAUUCUAGACCAGCUUCGAAGAGAAAGAGGAACAGAUAGUAGGCCGACAUAACAGAUUGAAACACAGAGCAACGGAGAAGAUAGAGAUUUUGAGUAGCUGAAAGAGAGGGAGAAGUAGAGAGUAAAAAGAAUGGGCGAGAAUACUCAAAAGAAGGAGUUUGAGAACUUAAGAGAACUAUUUAAACCACAUAUCGAGUCAUUCAAUUACUUCGUCGGUGAUGGUAUCGAAAAAAUUCUUGUCAACAUUAAACCAGUUGAGAUUAAAUCCGACGGCCACUCACUUCGAAUUUGGUUUGAUAACCAUAAUUUACACUGUCCAGUGAGGGAUAAGGGUGUGGGUGUUCCACUCUAUCCUUAUGAGUGUCGGCAAGCAGGAAUUUCCUACGAAGGAAAACUCAAUAUCGGUGUUUGUUACCAAUAUGACAAGGGACCUGUAAUACGCAAGGAUAUAGGCUUUGGGAAGAUUCCUAUAAUGUUAAUGUCGAACAAGUGUAACUUAAAGGAUGCUGAUCCUGCAAAACUAGUUUCAUACAAAGAAGAGGCAACAGAAAUGGGUGGCUAUUUUAUUGCGAAAGGUCUGGAGCGACUCGUUCGAAUGACUAUAAUGCAAAAGCGAAACUUUCCGAUGAAUGUCGAAAGGAGUUCAUUUCGGGAAAAACAAGAUGGGUAUACAGAUAAAGCAGUUGUUAUUAGAUGCGUGAGAGAGGAUAUGUCCUCCUUAACUCUUAGGUUGCAUUACCUUCAAAAUGGAAGUGCUAGACUUGGUUUCUGGAUAGAUGGGAGGGAGUUCUUUCUUCCAGUGGGUGUUGUCUUGAAGGCCCUCAUUGACACUAACGACCAUGAAAUCUAUGUGAGCUUGACAUGUUGCCAUAGUGAGGUGUAUCAGAGUGGAAAGGGAGUUGUUGGUACCCAACUUGUUGGUGAAAGGGUUAAGAUUAUUCUUGAUGAAGUCCGCAGCUUGUCUCUCUUGACUCAACACCAAUGUUUACAUUAUUUGGGUGAGUACUUCAGACCAGUCAUGGGUGGAUUAGAAGCUGAAAGCGGUUUUGUUGUUGGAGAAACAGUUCUAAGAGAUUGUGUACUCGUUCAUCUUGAGAACAACCACGACAAAUUCAAUCUGCUCAUUUUUAUGCUGCAGAAGCUAUUUGCAUUUGUAGACCAAACUGUGGCACCGGAUAACACAGACGCAUUGCAAAAUCACGAGGUGUUACUUCCUGGGCAUUUGAUAACAUUAUGUCUCAAGGAUAAAUUGCAACAGUGGUUGAGGAAAGGAAAACAGUUACUUGAAGAUGAAUUACACAAGAGAAACACACAGUUAGAACUUAGUAAUGUUGAAGAAGUGAAGAAGGUUAUGAAUAAGUUUCCCUCCAACAGUGUUGGGACAGCAAUUGAGAAUUUGAUAAAAGUCGGUUCACUGCAAUCACAGUCGGGGUUAGAUCUACAGCAGAGGACAGGAUUUACACUUCAAGCAGAGAGGCUCAAUUUUCUUCGUUUUGUUUCGCACUUUCGAGCUGUUCAUCGAGGUGCUGCAUUUGCUGGACUUCGCAGCACAAGUGUUCGGAAGCUGCUACCAGAAUCCUGGGGCUUUCUUUGCCCAGUUCACACACCUGAUGGGGGACCAUGUGGUUUGUUGAACCACUUGACUUCUACGUGUCGCAUCACAUCGUACUUUGAUUCGAAAGGAGGAGUUAAGGACUUUUUGAAAAUCCGAAAGUCUAUAAUGAAUGUUUUGGCUGGAAUUGGAAUGAUACCGUCAUUGCCUAAGCUUGUCCGAGCUAGUCCCCCUGAAGUUGUUUUUGUUCUUCUUGAUGGGUGUGUCAUCGGCUCCAUGUCUUCCAAUAUUGUUGAGAAAGCGGUGGCACAUAUUAGGAGGUUAAAGCUAUCACCAUAUUCUGGGAUUCCCGAUGAUUUGGAGAUCGGAUAUGUUCCACUAACCACAGGUGGUGCAUAUCCAGGGUUGUACCUUUUCACCACUCCUUCUAGAUUUGUUCGGCCAGUUAAAAAUAUCUCUAUCCCGUUGGAAGAGAAUCAGAAUAUUGAGCUCAUUGGUCCUUUCGAGCAGGUCUAUAUGGAAAUUCGAUGUGCUGAUGGUGGAGAAGGGGGAAGGAAAAACAAUUUUCCUGCAACUCAUGAAGAGAUCCACCCUACUGGAAUGCUCAGUGUAGUUGCCAAUUUGACACCUUGGUCAGAUCAUAAUCAAAGUCCACGAAACAUGUACCAGUGCCAGAUGGCAAAACAGACUAUGGGUUUCGCUUCACAGGCGAUAAAGUUUCGUGCAGAUCAGAAGCUAUACCAUCUACAGACUCCUCAAAAUCCCAUUGUGCGUACAGAAUCAUAUUCAAAAUAUCACGUCGAAGAAUUUCCCAAUGGGACAAACGCAAUUGUUGCAGUUUUGGCAUAUACAGGAUAUGAUAUGGAAGACGCCAUGAUCUUGAACAAGUCAUCUGUGGAGCGUGGGAUGUGCCGCGGGGAGAUAUACCAGGUGGAAACUGUAGACUUGGAAAAAGAUGGAAAAGAAAAAGAGGGCCCAAGGGCUUUUGGUAGGAGUAAAGUAGAUGACUCGGCAAACCAUACGAUUGAUGAGGACGGUCUUCCUUAUGUUGGACAGAUGCUGAAGCCAGGGGAUCUAUAUUACAGUAUCCGGAAUAAAGCAACUGAUGAUUUUAAAAAAAAGAGGCUAAAGGGCUCCGGCACGGACCCUGUUUAUGUUGACUAUGUGGCAAUUGAUGUGAAUGACUCCAAAAAGGACCCACAGAAGGUGCAUAUUCGUAUGCGUCAUCCUAGGAAUCCUAUCAUUGGUGACAAGUUCAGCAGUAGACAUGGGCAAAAAGGUGUUUGUUCUCAGUUAUGGCCUGACAUUGAUAUGCCAUUCUCAAGCGUAACAGGAAUGCGCCCAGAUCUAAUCAUCAAUCCACAUGCCUUUCCUUCUAGAAUGACGAUUGGAAUGCUUUUGGAAUCUAUAGCUGCGAAGGGAGGCAGCUUGAAUGGAAAAUUUGUCGAUGCAACUCCCUUUGCUAGCUCAACCAAGGUGAAGGAUGGAAAGUCAGAAAAAUCAAGCUCUCUUAUUGAUGAACUUGGUUCACAGUUGGUCUCCAAAGGGUUUCAGUAUCAUGGAUUGGAGGUCAUGUACAGUGGCUUUCUUGGAAUAGAAAUGGCUUGUGAAAUUUUUAUAGGACCUGUAUAUUAUCAGCGUCUCCGGCAUAUGGUUUCUGACAAGUUCCAGGUUAGGUCCACGGGAACUGUAGACCAAAUUACAAGACAGCCCAUUAAAGGAAGAAAACGGGGUGGAGGAAUUCGAUUUGGGGAGAUGGAGAGAGAUUCAAUGCUUGCUCAUGGAGCUGCAUAUCUGUUGCAUGACAGGCUCCAUACUUGUUCUGAUCAUCACAUUGCCGAUGUUUGUUCACUUUGUGGAAGUCUUCUCACAACAACCUCUGCCCAAACACAUAAAAGAAUAGUCCGAGAACAGGGGGAGAAGUUACCUCCGGGAAGGAUCCCUAAAAAGGUUACCUGUCAUGCCUGUAAAACUAGCAAAGGGAUGGAAACUGUAGCUAUGCCCUAUGUGUUCAGGUAUUUGGCUGCAGAAUUAGCAGCGAUGAAUAUAAAAAUGACUCUGAAACUAACUAAUGGAGCAGAAGCAUGAAAAACUGAGUAGAAUUAGCUAAUGACAGGUGGGUUAGGCUUGCAAUGACAUACGAACAGCGCUGUCCUUAGGCCAUUGCCUGGAGCCUCAAAUUCUUGGGGUCCAAUUUUGUUACUUCUUAAAUAUGUUCCAACUGAUUUUGCUUCUUGUUAUUAUAAACCUUAUAUUGUAAUGCAAAAAUCUGCAAGUGUUUCUCUCUUUUUUUGUACUAGUUAAUGUCAAUUGGCUUUGAGAGAAUUUUGAAUUUCCUAUUUUAGAGCAUCUUGAGGGAGAUCCCGUCACAAAAUAUAUAACGUUGGGGGAUACCCUUUUCGUUUCUA